AUGACUUUGGAUGAUGUGCCUGUUGUGAUGAAGAGAAGGAGAGAAGGAGAAGAGCGAGAGGCUGCUGUUCACGCGGUUCAUCAUGGGAAAAUUGUGGGAAAGAACAAAUUGAAGAGAAUGAUGGAUAAAGAGGUUCCGUAUGAGAAGAUUCCUGAGAGUGAGCGCGCCGCUUAUCAUGAGGCGCAAGAGAAAGAAUGGCAGAGCUGGAGGCAAUAUGAGAGCUGUGAGGUCUUGAGUGAGGAGGAGAGUGCGAGAGUUUUGAGGGAGAAUCCCAAGAGAGUCCUCCCCAGUAGAUACGUGUACCGAAACAAGAAUGCGGGAUUAGUUGAUGAACAGGGAAGGGCUCUCCCUGUUCGGGCAAAGGCCCGGUUGUGCCUUCAGGGGCAUUUAUGCCCAGACUCCCAAACGGGUCAGGUUCAGGUGGAUUCUCCGACGGUUGAAAGGGUCUCGACCAUGCUUUUCUUGCAUAUGUGCAUCAGCUACGGUUGGUCCCAGAAUUGGUUUAUCGGUGACAUAAGUAAUGCCUUUUUUCAGGGUGCACCAUUGCAAGGAAAGGAAGCCAUGUACAUGAGACCUCCAAAGCAAGGCCUGAAAGGGGUUGGUCCAAACCAGAUCCUGAAGCUGCUUAAGCCAUUGUACGGGCGUCCCGAUGCUCCUCGAGCCUGGUACGAGGAACUGGCAAAGGUCCUGACCCAGGAGUUGGGAUUCUCGAAGUCCUACAUAGAUCCUGCAGUGUUCAUGCUCAGAAAUCCUGAAGGCCUGUUGAUCGGUGUUAUGAUAAUCCAUGUUGACGACCUUAUGGUUUGUCAUGACGGUUCCCAGCAGGCCAUGGAUGCAAUUGAGCGUUUGAGAAAGAGAUUUCCCUUUGGAACUUGGGAGAGGGUUGCGGACAAGCCUCAAGGAGUGACCUACUGCGGCAAGGAGAUUUGUCUUCGCAAGGAUACGCAACCGUAUAUCACCCUCGCCCAAGACGGUUUCGUGGACGGCAGAUUGGAGGAAAUGGAUAUUGAACCAAGCAGAAAGCGUUGUCCUGAACAGUAUGCCAGUGAAGAAGAGAGAGCGGAAUACAGGUCAAUCGUUGGUAGUCUCCAGUGGCUGUCCACCCAAUCUCGUCCUGAUAUGAGUUUCGAGACGAACCAGCUUCAGAAGAGAAUCGCUGAUCUCCGUGUCUUUGACCUCAGUCGCGCUAAUAAGGCUGUGAGAGAGGUGAAAGAGAAUCGUAUGCUGUUGACGUUCAGAGACCUCGGACGAGAUGCUCAGUUGAUCGUGUAUUCGGAUGCCGGUCUGUACUCGAGUGUCGGAGCUGAGAUCAGUGAGCAAGAGUGUGAAGACAUCCUUCAGUCUCAGAAGGAUAAGAAACUUGUUUAUUCGCAGAAGGGCGCUUUGGUGGGCUUCGUUAAGCGUGGAUCCACUGAAGUCAGAGGCGAGAGUACGCAUGUGAAUGUUCUCGACUGGAAGAGUAGCACCAAUCGUAGAGUGUUGGAGUCGAGCUUCGCUGGUGAAACGCAUGCGGCCUUGAUGGGUUUAGGCAUGGGCCAUUUCUGUCAAGUGCUGAUGAGCGAGCUGCGUUUUGGAUCGGAUGUUGUUGGCAGUGUCGAUGACGAUGGAUGGAAUGAUUUGGUCCCUAUGACCCUGGUUACGGAUUGCAGGAAACUCGUGAGCAAUUGCGACAGGGCGCAGUUUUUCGUGAAGAAGCUGCCAAGCGAAGGGUUUCGGCAAGUGGACGACGACGUGCAUCUGGAUGUGCCACUGACGCUGCGGGAAGCCCUCUUGGGCGCGGAGGUCUCCAUCCCCAACCUCGAGGGCGGCACCGAACGGCUCAUCAUCCAGGCACCGGCGCAGCCUGGCACGACCAAGGUGCUGAGAGGCCGUGGACCUCCGAAGCCAGGAAACCAGGGCCGAGGACAUCUGGUCCUGCAUUUCCUCUUGCAUCUGCCGCGGAGCCUGAGCCCUCGCCAGGUGGAGUUGAUUGAGGAGUUCGACAGCCUCGCAGAGGUUUCCCGAAACGCCGGCCACGGCCGCGGAUCGCCGAGGACUCCCAAGAGCUCGAGCUCUGCUCGUCUUUCGUCCUCAGCGCUGGCAUCUCGGGAGUCGAGCCGGCCCUCGCAGGGAGGACUUCUUCGUGGAGAGGACUCCGGGAACGACGGCCACCGAGCUUGGAGCGAGCAAGGUGAGUCCGGAGGCCCAGACCUGGACGUCAUCGCCAAGACCCGACAGCGUGUUCGCGAGGUGCGGGAACGAGAACGGCUCGAGAGGUUGCGGGAGGAGGAGGAGAAGGAGCAGCGAAAGAAGGAUGCCCAGGCGCAGCACGAGGAGCGCCUUCGGCGGCAGGAGCACGAGAAGCGGCAAAGGCUCCUUGAUAGGAGGGUGGAGCAAGAGUCGAAGAUGGCCAAAGAAGCCGAAGAGAAGCGACAUGACCAGGAGCGGCGGCGACAGCAAGAAGAGAGAGCUAAAUCGCUGCAGCGCCAGAUGCAGGCGCGAAUCAAAUCCGAGAAGGAACGUGCUGCAAAAGAGAAGAGAGAGCUGGAGCAGCAUGAGAAGGAAGAGCGGCGGCGCAGCGAAGAGGAGGCUGCCAAGCGAGCAGCCGAAGCGACGGAGGCCGCCAAGAGGAGGCUGGCGGAGCGGAAGAAGCAGCAGGACAAGCUGCGGAAGGACGAGGAGGAGUCGCAGCGGGCAGAGAGCCGCGAGAGCUCCAGGAACCCCCGCGAGCUCUCGGUGCAGGCGCGGCAGGCGCGGCCUGCUCGGCCGGGGGACUCCGUGGAGGCUCGGCGCAGAGCGGAGGAGCGGGUGCGGCACCGGUCGCAGGAAAGGCGCAAGGAGGAGGAAAGGAUCCGGGCACGGGAGGCCCUGAAGUGCGAAGUGGAGGAGGAGCUGCGGAUGGCGAAGGAGGAGCUCGAGCAAAGGCGCCGCUCGGCGGCCCUGCGUGCGGCCUCACGGCAGCGACGGGAGAAGGAGACAGAGGAGCGGCUUCGCCAGGAGCGGGAUGAGCAGACGGCGGCUGCCAAGGAGCGGCGCCUUUUGUAUCGGAAUCCCAAAGCCAUCGCAGAGCUCAAGGCAGCGGAGCCCCAAAUGCCGCUGACGUCGGAGCAGCGCCGCUCCCACUCCCGGCGCCGCCAGGCCGAGCAGGAGAAGCUCCAACGCUACGCAGACGGCCUGCCCGUGGAGGACAGUGGCCGGCCGCCACCGCUGCCCGGGGCCACAGGUGCACGGGUGCGACGUGGGAGCCGCUCCAAGGGAGAGCGCUCGGGCUCGGGCGCGAACCGGCUCUCGCCGAGUUCUUCCCUUCAGACGGAGCAGACCGGGUGCUCUGAGACGGAGUCGGUCUUGGAGCCGCUGGAGGAGCCAGAGCAUGCGGAGCACACGGAGCACGCAGAGAGCUACGAGCACGCAGAGCCAACGGAGCCCACUGCCGCCCACCAGUCCAAGGACACGGAGCUGCCACCGGCACCCUCGGCCGCUCACAUGCUCGAGGUUCACGACGCAAAUGAAGCGGUGACACCGGUGGCAGAGCUGCCGCUGACGGGGCUUCCGGUGGGCAAAGUGUCUGUGCACGAAGGGAUGGAGGUGAAGGAGGAUGUCUUAGAAGUUAGUCAAGUGCCAGAAGAGCUGGCGCAAGAACCGGUGGAAGAACCGCUGGAGCCUGACGAGCUGGAGGAGGUCGAGGUCGAGUCCAACCUGAGCAUCAGUUUGCACAUCAGCGUGUCACCACCUGCCAACUGGGCGGGGCUUGCGAGAGCCUUCAACACGACGGAAGCUAGCUGGAAUGAAAUGUGGGGAAGUUCUGAUAGCAUUGCAGCAGAGUCGGGUGUUGGACUGACCAGUUUCUUGUGUUCUGUUGGCCUUUGCAUCUUCUGCAUGGCCUCCGGCCACUCCGGCCACACGCAGCACCCAGCUUCGUUGCACAAGCAGGCAAUGACGGUGGAUCCGGACGGAGAUCUGAGCACCGGGCCCAUGAAGCAGCUGAUGAGGAAUGAGAUCCCCGAUGCCUCGAGCUUGUCAGAACUCGAAAACGGCCAGGCGCGAGCAGCGCAGGAAGCAGGGAUGCUCGAGGCAGAAGGAAUUCCAAUCAAUGCGGCGGACCUUGCGUACCGGGCCAUGGACUUGGCCAUGGGCACCACCGGGAUGUCAGAUGAGGACUAUCCUUUCGCGUGCCUGUGCAACGCCGAAGGCAUGUGCGAGGGCGACCCGGCCUCGACGAGUUGCAAAAUGCGAUCAGGGCAGCCCAACGCUGCAUCGGGCAUGCCAUGGCUACAGGCUCUGGUGGUUCCUGUCCUCAUGCUCCUGUUCCAGCUGCCGGCGGAGUGA